CUGCCGCCGCCGCCGCCGCCGCAGUGCUCCGCUUCCCCGGGACAGGAAACCUCUGAGACCGAGCUGCCACGGCCACCUCGUCGCCAGCCCCUCGUUCGGCGCCCGCCACACCCUUCUCCCCUGCUCCCGGCAUCUUUCGGCGGAGCCCGGCAGGAACGCGGCACCCGGAGCCGUCUCCCCCUCCCGGGGGAAAGCUGUGACGCCCCCCCCGCAGGAGCGGCGGGCGGGGUGGCGGUAGGGGUGGGGGCCCGGGAGAAGAUGGCGACGCCGGGAAGCGAACCCCAACCUUUCGUCCCUUCCCUCUCGGUGUCUACUCUGCCCCCACACCAUCACGCCCACCACCACCAUCAGCACCACGGAGGAACCGGAGCCAACGGCGGGGUUGGGGGAGGCGGCGGCGGCGGCAGCGGCGGGGGCUUCAACCUGCCCUUGACCCGGGGGCUGGAACGCGCGCUGGAGGAAGCCGCCAACUCCGGGGGGUUGAACCUCAGCGCCAGGAAAUUGAAGGAAUUUCCCAGGACCGCGGCCCCCGGGCACGAUCUCUCGGACACGGUGCAAGCAGAUUUGUCUAAAAACAGGCUGGUUGAAGUUCCGUUGGAGCUGUGCCAUUUCGUGUCCCUGGAAAUGCUUAACCUGCAUCACAACUGCAUCCGGGUCAUCCCCGAGGCCAUCGUGAACCUGCAGAUGCUGACCUACUUAAACUUGAGCCGGAACCAGCUGUCCGCCCUGCCCGCCUGCCUGUGCGCCCUGCCUCUCCGAGUCCUGAUUGCCAGCAACAACAAGCUGGGCUCGCUGCCGGAGGAGAUAGGUCAGCUCAAACAGCUAAUGGAGCUGGAUGUCAGCUGCAACGAGAUCACCGCCCUGCCGCAGCAGAUCGGGCAGCUGAAGUCUCUGCGGGAACUCAACGUCCGAAGGAAUUACCUGGAGGUGUUACCCCAAGAACUAGUAGAUCUCCCCUUGGUCAAGUUUGACUUUUCCUGCAAUAAAGUGCUGGGGAUCCCCGUCUGCUUCAGGGAGAUGAAGCAGCUGCAAGUCCUGGUCCUUGAGAACAACCCUUUGCAGUCCCCGCCAGCACAGAUUUGCACAAAGGGCAAAGUGCACAUAUUCAAGUACCUGAGCAUCCAGGCCUGCCAGAUGAAGACGGCCGACUCCCUGUACCUGCCCACGAUGGACAGGCCGCAGUCCCAGCAGCACGUGGAAGACAGCAAGAAGGAUUCCGACUCGGGCGUUGGGAGCGAUAACGGGGACAAGCGAUUAUCGGCCACGGAGCCGUCGGACGAGGACGCGGUCAGCCUCAGCGUCCCCAUGUCCCACAUCAAGGAGGAAGAGCAGACCGCCAAGGAGGACCCGUGCCACCGCCUGAGUCCAGCGAAAGGGGACUUCCGUCAGGAGUUCCCACCCGGGACGUCCCUGGCGGGCGACAGCAACAGCUCAGGAGAAGCAGGGGACCAGCUUACCUGUGGCACAGAUGUUCUCCACCCGGAAUUCAUAAACUACAUGAAGGGCAGGGCGGUCCACUACGAGGAGCCGCUGCGGAUAGAAGAGGACACGCCCUGGCCGUCCGAGGGGACGACGCAUCCGCCCGAAGAAGACGCGGACGCGGACAUGGCCCCGGUGGAGCCGCUGAGAGACGCCAACUCGCCGCCAGACCCCGACAGACUGAGCACGGAGACCGAAGAGAGGAGUGAUGUGAGCUUUUACCCCAACGAAUCCACAGGAGCCCUAGAACUGCAGGAUUCUGCACUCAAUGGUGACAUGCAGCUGGAGACCUCUCCAGGAUGUGAGGUGCAAGAUGAGCUGGCGUCUCAGAGUAACGGGAGCGACUAUUCUCCAAACGAGAUGAGAGAUACCUUUGCCACAGUCUCUCCCGCCACCCACAGUGCAACCCCGUUUGGCCUGAAGCCGAGAUCAGGCCUCACUCUCCCUAUCUCCUUCAACAAACUCACGCAGGCACAGACGUGGGGCCGCUCUAGCUACAGCGUUCCACCUGCAGGGGACAGUGACAAUGUGUUUAUGAGACCUCAGAGGAAUUUGGAGUCUAUAGACCCACAGUUUACAAUUCGGAGGAAGAUGGAGCAAAUGCGAGAAGAAAAGGAGCUGGUGGAACAACUCCGUGAGAGCAUCGAGAUGAGACUCAAGGUCAGCCUGCACGAGGACCUGGGGGCCGCGCUCCUGGACGGCGUCGUCCUCUGCCACCUGGUCAAUCACAUCCGCCCGCGAUCCGUCGCCAGCAUCCACGUGCCCUCCCCAGCGGUGCCAAAGCUCAGCAUGGCCAAAUGCAGAAGAAAUGUGGAAAACUUUUUGGAAGCGUGCCGAAAAUUAGGAGUGCCAGAGGACAAACUGUGUCUGCCCCACCACAUCCUGGAGGAGAAGGGCCUGGUCAAAGUCGGCGUCACUGUGCAAGCACUGCUAGACGUGGCUGUCGCGAAGGCGCUGUUCACAUGAAACCAGCUCCGUCCUGGGGACCUGCUCGAACCCUCCUCCCUGAUAUCAGAGAUCCGGAACUCUGCUCUCGGCCCCGCCCCCCGGCCCCCGCCCCCACCCCCCGUUGCCCGAGUUCCAUGUCUGUAGCUGCAUUUAAGGGAGGGCCCGAGAGAAGACUUUCUGCCUUUCAGAGCUGACCUCCGACACCAGGAUGCGGCAGGAUCGUUCUCGGAGCCAGGGAGGCAGCUGGUCACGAAGAACUGAACAGCCUGGCGAGGCCUUUCACAGCCUCCCGCGCCCUCCCGCCUUCACCCACGGCCAUUACCAAAACACCAAGCACAACUGUUCCGCGGCAGGACGCACUUGUCUCACUAAAGCCAAACUCAUUGUGUAUCGGAUGGGGGGUGGGGGGCUCAGUCAAGUUUUUCACCACCAAAUUUUUCAAGAUGUUUCUUGAGACCAUUGCCUUUUAAAAAAAAAACAAAACCUAUUUUCGACAUACAAAAUAUUUAUAUAAAUAUUAUUUAUUAGUGAAUGGUUAUUCAUCCUUUGGAUGCAAAUUGUAAAUUAGGAAACUAUUUUAUUACUGCUUUUUUGUGGUUAAACACUUUAUUUUAAUAUUAUAAAUAUUGAGUUAUUUUCUAUCCUCUUGGGUGUGCAGCCGUUCGGGGUCUCAGUCAUCAUGUUUUCAGGUAUAUGUGACUCAAAAAAAACACAAAACAAUUCCGCAAAACGCAGGUGCUUCUGUAUCCAGAACUGUUUUUUGGGGGGGGGGGCGGGGGGCGUUGCCCCCGCUGGGGUUUAUAUAAAUUGGUCUUAUUUAUAUUUCUGCAUUCCAUCCGGGCGCCUGCAUCCCCCUGCCUCGUAGCCCCCCGACACGGCGCACUGACCGGAACCCAGAGAGCACCCGAAGGGGUCUGUACAUAGCUGUGAUGGGGAGAAGAAAAAAAAAAAGAGACAUUAUUAAACUUGAAGAUAAAAUGUGAACAAUUAUUUUUGGGGAUUCAUACUUAUUUUGCUAUACACGAAACAUUCACAUUUUAACACAAGGGAGUCCUAAGUGGUAGUAGCUUCAUGUGUCUUGAAGUAUCGUUUUGCACUGUAACUCGGGUCAGGCGAGAAGUCGAGCACCAAAGGCAGAUCCUGAGGAAGUGGGAUAGGGACGCGGAGGGGAUACUGAGUUUUUCGUGUAACCAAAAAGUUCGUGAGGGGCCGUUUCCGCUGGGAGCGAACCAGCGGUCCUCCCGUGAGACUCCUCUGAGACCGGGAUCCCGGGUCGGGAAAGGUUUCGGGACGCUCAUUGGGGGUCACCCAGGUGGUGGCUUUCAGAGUAGCCCGCAAAACCCCGCAAGGCUCACGGUCUCGGUGGGGGGGGGGGGGGGACUCUUGAAGUUUGCCAGUGAACUGGUGAGGCGGCUGCGCGCAACCCCGAGGUGAGCUUAGCAGAAGGUGCAGCAGGUGGCGCGCGCGAGGCCGCGAGGUCUGGGAGGGAGCGAGUUCAGACGACACGGGGCCGGGGAGAGCCCGCCAAGGGAAGGCGCCCGCGUGGGUCCGAGACUUCCGCCUGCUUGCGGGCAGCUCCCUGCACGGGCCUCCGCCCCGCAGUUGAGGGUACCCCAGUCCGCCCCCCCUUUCUCGGCCUCGUGAGCGCGGUGGCACAGCAGCCGAGGCCACGCGCGGGGCGGGGCAGGGCGGGAGGGUGACUGACGAUAGUGGUCGAAUUGGCAGCUUUCAGUUCCUUCCUGUUAAAUGUACUGUGCACUUUAACCUAACUUAAGAUGUAUGUUAAUAUUCCCCUGUACUGCACAAAUACCUGUUGUCCAAUAGCAUGAUGGCGCGGAGACGCGUUGGGCCAAGAGCGUGGUCCGUGUAAGCGACCUUCGCAGGGCGGUCACGGAAAUAGGAAUUGUGGUUGCUGCACCUUGGCGGGCAUUCAGAAUGCAGGGUCUGGAAUUUCUGUUGUUGUUGUUGUUGUUUUUACGUGUAUAUAUGGCAACAUGAAGCUCUGUAAUCCUUGUGGUGCGAGAUUUCUUUUUCAAAAUUAAAGUUUUUCUUUCGACAUUCA